AAUUAUUUCUUUUAUCCAACAAAAAAAAAAAAAAGAGUAAAAGCAACCAACUUGAUCAUCUAUGAGUAAAAGCAACUCCAUAAGCAUAUUACAAAACAAUCAAACCAAAGAUUGAAAAAACAUCAUUUGUAUCAUUGUAAUAAAUAAGAAGAAAAGUAUACUAUAGUAUAGUGAUGAAGUGGUAGUGAACAAGAGAGAGAGAGAGAGAGAGAGAGAUUCAUAUGAAGAGAAACGAGGAUUGUGGAAGAAAGAGUCAACAACCUGGGAAAGCCGGGAGAGUUUUUGUUGGAUGGUAUAUUGGAUUGCAUCCAUGAAAUCACAGUUGCACUUUCCUUUCCAAAUAGAAUGACUGAUUCUCUUUACAAAGUUGAUACAACUCCACGUCUUGCUCAAUGGAGAAUCGAUAACUUGGCUUCUUGUACUUAUCGCAAAUCUGAUCCUUUCAAGAUUGGUAUCUGGAAUUGGUAUUUGUCUGUGGAGAAGCACAAGGUUGUGUUUGUUAAAUUGUUUCCUGAAAUAUCCAAUGUUACAAGAGAUAAUCCUCCAAUUGCUUCUUUUAUCAUGCGUGUCGUUAGUUCUGCUCAUGGAAAUCGAAAAGCUCUCACACAUCCAGAGAUAAAAGACAAAGUGAUCAAGAGCAAUGAAGAUUUUGUUUGGUCAAUUGAGGUUCCACUGUCUGGAAAAUUCAUCAUUGAUGUUGAUUUCCUUGAUUUGAAGAUUGCAGGCCCAGAUGGUGGAGAACCUUGCUCCAUAUGGGGUGGUGAAGGAUUUACUCAGGAGAGAUCGAACGCAAAAGCCCUAGGAUCUCUUGGUAGAAUGCUAAGAGAAGGCAUUCACACAGACAUCACCAUUAAUGCUUCUGAUGGAAGUAUAGGAGUUCAUAGAGCUCUUCUAGCUGCCCGUUCACCUGUCUUCCAAAGCAUGUUUUCACACGAUCUUAAAGAGAAAGAGUUGUCAACCAUAAACAUCACAGACAUGUCGAUUGAAGUAUGUCAGGCUUUUCUCAAUUAUCUUUACGGGAUCAUCAAAAAUGAAGAAUUUCUUACACAUAGGCUAGCACUUCUGCAUGCAGCGGACAAGUACGACAUAUCUGACUUGAGAGAGGCCAUUCAUGAGAGUCUUCUAGAAGAUAUUGAUACGAAAAAUGUACUUGAGAGGCUUCAAAAUGCAUCACUAUAUCGGUUGACGAAACUGAAGAUGCAUUGUAUCCAGUAUCUUGUUAAAUUUGGUAAAAUAUUUGAAAUUCGGGAUGAUUUCAAUUUGUUCCUCCAAAAUGCCGACAGGGAUCUCAUCGCUGAAGUCUUUGGGGAAGUUCUUGGUGCCUGGAAAGGAUAUUGAAGAUCUUGCAACUUCAAAGGACAAGAAGGCUUGGUCUCAUUUAAUACGCACAAGAAAUAGAUUAUUUUAAUUUGUUGUGAAAGGAUUUGCUUUGAUGAACUUAAUUCUUUUGCUGAAUUGUAUUUUUUUUUAAAUGAUUUCCUUGUACAUAUAUAUGUUAUGCUUUUCAAUAUAAACCACAAGGUAGUAUUGUUUACAAACAAAAAAAAAACAUGUAUAACUUGAACAAAAACAAGAAUAUAUAUUUGUGAAUGCAAGUGAUUUAUGAA